CAGUUCGCCGCGUCUCCAACAGCUGUUCGACAUUGCUUCGUACGAUUUGAAUUUAGUUGAUUGCACGUGUUGUACUAGAUAGUCAGAAUAGAACAAAAGGAAACGUUAAGUUUUAUUUAAAUCAUGGAAGAGGACGGUGGUGUUAAAGCCCCUGUGACGCGGCUGCGCCGUCGUUUAUCAGUGGAGACAGAUGACACCAAAUCCCCUUCUGCACCUUCCACUCCAAGUAAGAAGAGGGGAGGUCGCCUGGCUGCCAAGCCUCAGCUGGAAUUAAUUGACGAGGACACUAUAACAAACAGCCCAAAGAGAACUACUAAGUCAAUAGCAAGAGAUAUUACUGAGCCAGAAGAAAAAACGGUGACACCAGCUCGUCGCAGCACAAGGGCCAAGUCAAACACUAGCUUGGUAUCAGAGGCUGAAGAAAAGGUGUUGACCCCUGCUAGGAGAAGUACUAGAAUCAAAUCCAACACCAGUAUUGUGUCUGAAGCAGCACAAACUGUUGACUCACCAAGAGCUAAACGGGCUGUAGCUAGAAGGAAUUCACAACUCGGCAGUGAUACAGAAGCUUCAGUGACUCCUGCAAGGACCAGACGCACAAGAAAAGGUUCAACAUCAAGCAUUGACAAAGAAGGAACCCCAAGUAUCUCUGAAACUGCUGUAACACCAGGCCAGACCAGACGCACUAGGAAAGGUUCCACAUCUAACGAGAAUCCAGUUGAAGCAUCUCAGGAAGAAAAACCAUCUUCACUAAUUACAGAAAUUAUCGCUGAAGAGCCUGAAAGCACACUCCGAAAAUCAACUUCAGAAACUAACAAUGUUGAAAACGGGGAUGCUUCGAGUUCUACACGAAAGAGUCCCCGACUUAUGGCCAUGAAACACAGGAGAAGCAAAUCUGAAGAUUCAAAUGAUAUUAAGUCACAAAGUGUAAAUGAACAAGAUAAGACACCAAUUGCUAAAAAAGAGUCAAAUCUAGAUACUAACGCGACUGAAACAGAUUCUCAAAAUGAUAUACUAUCAGUAUCCAGUGCUAAUCUAUUAAAAGAGUUGGACUCAAAACCUAAAAAGAAAACUUCCGAUAAAAAUAAAAGUGCUUCUGAUAUUGAAAUAGAUUCUAAAUCAAAACGUCACAGAACUAAGUCUUGGGGAAGUCUAUCCGCGACGCCUCCCAAUGAAGGCCAGUUCUUCAGUGAUAAUGAAAGCAUUAAAAAGAAGUUAAAGAAACAUGGGAAAAUUUUCAAUGACAAGAGAUUGUCUGGUUCUGGUGAUAGUAAACAGAAAUCAAUUACUGGGGAUAAAUCACUGGUUGAUGACGAAGAUACAGAAAUCAUUUUCAAUACUUCAAAAAAGAAUAGAAGAAGCAAAGACAUUUCUUUUAAUGCUCACAAAUCAGUAACUCUAAAUGAAUCUACACAUGAAAUACCUAGUGCAGCAGAUACUAGCAAUGAAAGUAAUAAAGAAAAUCUUCUUGGUGGGACACCGGUGAUCAAAGAGUCUACAACUGAACUGUUUGAUAAAGCUCCCAGUGCUGAAAUAAAGACAAUAGUUUUCAUUGAAGAUACAGACUCUAACACAGGUAGCUUGGGUAAACAGAAUGAUGAUAAAGAUGAUCAAUGCGUCCCAGUUGUGCAGCAUCCAGCUGAAAAUCAAAUAAUUUCAUCAGAAAUGUCCAACAAUAUUCCAUCAGUUUCUAUUUUCACAGCAGAAAAAGUGGGUGAGAAAUUAACAAUUAACCAGAGUUGUGAACCCAUGGAUAUUGAUGAGACUAUACCAGAUAAUGUGUCGAUGUCUGCAUUUACUAUCGAGGAUAAGUUAGAAAAAUCUCGACGUAAAUCUUCGUUGUGUAUCUCAUCAGAGGCUGAUAGCAGUACGAAAGAAAGUAAAAAUAAAUCUAAACGGAAAUCCUUAUUAUCAAAUUCUUCAAUCCAAGAUAAAGAAAGCUUUGAAAAUGUUAAUAAAAGUUUUGAAUCAAAUGUUAAAAACUCAUCGAAAGACGAAAUAAACUCAGCUGUAUAUUCACGCAAGUCGUCACUGAGCACGCACGACGAAGUAGAUAGUAGCUUUAAAGAAAGUGCUAACAAAUAUAAGAGAAAGUCAUCUAAAUCUGAUUUGGUAGAAGUUGAAAAUGUUAAUAAUAGUACUUUAUCGCAAUCUCAAGCCAAGAAUUCCCCCAAAGAGGAUGCACAGAAUAGAAAAACACGAAAAUCAUCUUUAAAUAUAACCUCGGAUACUGAAAGUAUUACUACAAAGGGUUCUAAAAGGAAAUCCUCCAUGUCAUAUUUUACCUCAGAAGACCAUGAAAAAACCGAGAACAAAACCACACUUGUUUUAUCUCAAAUCAAAGAUAUAUCGGCUACCGACAAUAACGUAUCUAAAUCGCCCCAAAUUGACAGCAAUGAACUAUCAAGAGCUAAAGAUGGAAUCGUGAACAAAAACCUUUCUAUUAAUUACAUGACCAGCACACCAGUACAAAAGAAGAAUAUGGAAAAAUUAGGUAUGCAAAUGAAUACUUCUGUGAUUACACCUAAUAACGACCGCAAAACAAAAAUUACGCCUAAAAAAGACGUCUCAAUAACGUCAAACAAAUCCGGCAACUGUUCUUCUGAACAAGACUCGGAGAUAUCUGAAGAAGAAUCCGAGGAAAAGAAUAAUUUGUUAGAUGACGAAGCUGAAGAGGCAAGUGAAAAUUACGAGUCAGGUGACAGUCAAAACGAAGAGGAAAGACAGUAUGAAAGAGAAAAUGAAAUUGUAGAAAGAGGUGAAACACUGACAUCUGAAGAUGAAAUAUCAAAUGACUCUGAUUAUGAGAAAGGUUCAUUCAUAGUGAGUUCCGAUGAAGAAGAUGAUGAACUAUUAAGUGGGUUAGGAGAUGACCUCAAUAUGAGUGAUAAUGAACUAACUAUGACCGAAAAAUCUAAAAAGAAAUAUAACGAGCGUAAAAUGAAAGAACAAAAGAAAGCGUCAAGAGAAAUGUAUGAGGCGCGACACAAGAUUAAUGACUCAUCUGAUAAGAAUUCUAAAGUGGUAAAAGCUAAAAAGAAUAAUCGUAAUCGAUUAGAUUCGUCGCUUUUAGAAUCGGGUGAUGAGAUUUCAAUGCCGCCAAAGAAAAAUAAACGUAUGCGUUUGGAGUCUACUUUAGAAACUAGCCAAACAAAACCUGAUACUGAAGAAAAAAAGACAAAAAAUAAUGAUUCUGAUAUGUCAGAUGCCGAAGAAAUCGGUCGCAAGAAAAAGAAGAGCAAACGUUUGUCUGAAUCAGUAUGUGAUGAAAGCGCAAUAAACGAAAAGGAAAUAACUAUUAAUAAUGAAGAAAUGAUCGAAAAAGAUGACCCCCUGUCAAUUAAAAUUAAAACAGAGCCUAAAACACCGCUAAAAUAUCUUGAAAUUUCAACUGUUCAUUUCACUGACAGGGAAGAUAUUGAACAAGUUCAAGUUAGUGAAAAUAUGUCUAUGAUGACAGAAAAUGAGACUUCUGAUCCACUUCGGGAAACAGUGGCGGAAGAUCAAAACGGAGACAUCAGUGAUGAUUCUAUCAGCGAAAAUGAAGAGAUAACAAAUAAAUAUGACUCUGUGCUUAAGGAGCUUAACAAAGAAAACAAAUCUAGGCAAAUAAAGUCACAUGACAUCUCUUUGAACUUGCAUAAGAAGAACAAACAAAAGCCUAAGGAGGCAAUCGUUGAAGAGCUCAAUCUUACUCAGACUAAAAAGUCUAAGAAAAAAGUUCAAGACACUCCUGAACAGUCUAAAGAAAAGACCGUUAAAAGAGUUUUUAAGAAGUUGGCUGAUAAUAAUGACGAGUUGUCUGACUUUGAUGACCUGAAGCUGUUAUUCUCUGAUGAAAGUAAUGAUAGCAGUGAGAAAAAACAUGAGAGCAUUAAGACUGUGGAUGGCACUGAUAGUUUCAUACCAUUGAAACGCACUCCUGGCAAGACUAAUAUUCUUAAGCCUACUGAUACCUCUGCAAAUGAUUCUCUACUGAACAGUCGCAGCAAGAAGAAGAAUAAGAAGUCCAACAAAACUGAUGAAAAUGAAGAUACCAAUACCAACGAAGAUGGUGAAGAACUAAAAUUCUUCAUUGAUACUAAGGGAGAUUUGCUGGAUACAGAAUCAUCUACAAUGGAGUCUCUUAACACAAGUUCGAAGAUGAAUAGCGGAAGUGAUGUAAAGUCUGCUGAUAACGGUGGUGCCGACUCUGAUGAUGCGCCUGUGGAAACCUCGUAUCUUAGUGAAAAGAGUAAGAAGCGAAACAAAAAGACGUCUAUAAGCGUUGAUGCCAGUAUGACGGAGAAUGGUGAAAAUUCUACAUUGACUAGGACAUCGAAAAGUGACAAGAAGAAAAGAUUGUCAGAAUCUCAAGAAACGGAAAUUCCAGAACACGAGAUAUCCGCACCUAAGACUCCUGCAAGUGAAAAAAAGAAGAAGAAAUUAUCUAUGUCUUGUGAAAACCAAACCACAAGUCCUAUUCCUGUGGCGACACCACCCUCGGUCACUAGUGAAAAGAAAAAGAAGAGACUGUCUGAAUCUGACGGAACUGGACCUUUAGAAACUGCCGUCGCAAAAACACCUUGCAGCGACAAAAAGAAAAAUAAAUUAUUCAAGUCUAAUGAUAACCAAAUUGGAAAUUCAGAAACUACGAUUACUGAUCCAAAAACUCCUCAAAGUGCUAAAAAGAAGAAGAAAUUAUCGGAGUCUCACGAAGAUACCACUAUUGACAUUCCUGAACUUAAAAAUGUAGUAGAAACCCCAACCAGCAACAAAAAGAAGAAAAAAGUCUCUGAAUUUGUUGAAUUUGGAGUUGAAAAUGUAAUGGGAAGUACAGAAGUUGUUGAAGAUCCAGUUGCGAUUAGUUCCAAAAAACGCAAGAGAAAGUCAUCUGCCAAUCAGACACAGGAAGAAAUUGGAGUCGAAGAUGAUAAGGUGUUGAACAUUUCCGGAAACGAAUCAAUAGGCAAUAAAAAGAAAAAACAGAAAAUCUCUGUAACUAAGGAUGACAUUGCUCCCAUACAAGUAACUGAAACCAAACUCAGUAAGAAGAGAAAAAAACGUGACGACGACGUUGGUGGCAAGAAGUCUAAGGUUCUCAAGGAACACUCACCCGAUAAAGUACACGUACCACGCUUGCCGCGUAGUGUUAUCAAUCGGCUUGACGACAAACCUAAAGCUGAGGUACUUGAAAUGAAGAAAGCUAAACUCGUAUCUACGGCAGAUUUUGUCGUUGAAGAGACUAGGAGGAGGCGCAACAAGCCAUCUAACUUCUUAGAAGAAAGUGUAUAUCUAAAUGAUGACGACAAUGCACCGGUUACAAAGAAAAAGGCGAUAAUGAAGAAACCUAAAGUGUUGCCAUUCCUACCAACAGUUUCUACUUCUGACAAUGGCUUCACUACCAAUUUCCAAGUAAACGUUAUAUCGCGAACCAUGGAAUUCGUUGCAAAAAAGAAUGAGAUGCCCCAUUUCAAAGAAGACUACUUAAACAACAGGAAGAUAAAGAAAUUGCGCACCUACGAUCUUUAUAAGAAGCACAGAAAUGUAAAGCUGUCUAAAUUCUAACUUAUAAUUGUUCCUCUUGUUAUAAAACAGCUGUUUUUGUGAUGUAUAGACUCCGCCUGUUUUAAUAUUAGUAAUUGAGGUGCCUUGAUUAUGAAUACUACUAACAUUUUAAAGCAUUUUUAACUGAUUCCGUAUAAAUGAAUGAUAAGCGACACCGUUCCCGUUAGUUGCAGAAUAGUACGAGUAUGUCUUGUGCCAAUUAAAAUUAAGUUUUGAAUAAGUACGUUAUCCACUCUUGAUACAAUGCUACUCAACAGACACCAAUUAUUAACUGGUCUUGUGAUUAGCAUUGUGUGGAGCUGGCCUUAGAACUUUGUAAUAAUAGUUGACUAAUUCAUUGUUAAAUUACCUUAUUAUGUUUUUAUUUUUAUGGUGUUUUGUUUGUAAUCACUGUUAUUACAUCUGCACUUGCUUACACUGAUACUUGAAUAAGUACCUUCACUGGACAAUAAUAGCCAUAUUCGUGUUUUUAUAAACUAGCUAAAGCAACAUUUAUUUUCACUGUAAGCAAGUGAGAGAGAAGGUAGGCGGACAUAAAAUGUUUCUUCCUAUUAUUGUUUGUACUCUGUUUCUCAAAAUCGUCACUAUUGAGAAAUUUAAUUGUCAUAAUUUAGUUUUCAUAAGGGUUUUCUAAUUUUAUAAAUAUCAAAAAUAUCCAUAAUUAUGCGAGCAAGUAGCAAGCAAUUUGAUGCUUCGCUCGCUCUGUUAUGCGUGGUCACACUAACCUAUAGUUCUCGAAGUUAUUUUGUCAUAAUUUUAUGAACAUAAAUAGUUCUACCUCAUGUACCUAUUUAUUUUGCUGUAUGAGGUAAAAAAUAGAACAAUUUAUGUUUAUGACAAAAACAAUUAUGAAUAAAGACUAUUAGUUGAAACGACUUUGGUAUCAGUGACUGUUUGUUUAAGAAUAGUUUAACUAAUUAUUAUGAAGAAACAAUUUAUGAGGAUUCAGAGGUAUGUGUUAUGAACUCUAAUAAUAGGACACGAAAAAGAGUUCAGGUCCAUAAUGUCCCUCUCCCAGAAUGUGCUGUGCUUAUUUUUUUUAUUAAUUUCAACCAACGCCGUAAAAGGAGGUUUUGGUUGAUAUUUUUAAAUCAAUUGAUCAGAAAAAAAUGUCUUUAUUUUGGGAAACUGAUAUUAUGGACCUCAACGAAAAAAAUGUGUUAUUUUUUUUUUGUCAUCAAUAUUUUUAGUCAUUAUUGUUUUGCUUAUCGAUAAUUAUUGUGUUUCUUUAGUAUAACUACGACAAAAUUGCUGAAUGUUUGUGUACAAUUUGAAUUUUCCGCCAUUAUCACAGAAGAAUCCGCGAGAGGGCGCUGGCGUCGACAAAAGUGGUAUCGCCCAAGUGCUUUCUGUUUUAGUUUUACGUAAUUAAAUUCUGACAAUUUUGCAACCAUUUUCAAUAAAUAUGUUCUUUGAAAUAAAA